AUCAUGGCGUCCAGAGCAUCGUCACGUCGAUUUCUUUUUCACGUUCCUUUUUAAGGGGUUAAACUCUAUAUGCAGCCUUCUGAGGAGGAUCAAGGCCAAUCUGUAGUCUUAGCAAGUCAUUCAGGCUUGGGAUUUGUUGCAGUUCACGUAGGUAAAGUCUCCGUCAAGUUACAACAAAACUUUCUGCAGCUUUCUGCGGUCUUACAACACAAUCUUAUUCGCACGAUUAAUCCGAGUUCAAUAUUUGACUUAAGCACUCAUUUAAUUGAUAUUUAUUUAUAAGACAUUGUCAAUAAAAUGAUGUUAGGCAUGGGGUUAUAUCUUUUUCCCACUCACACCCAUUUAGUCCAUGAACAGUCCCGAUUUUUUACUGACGGGAGGGGAGGAGGGGGCAUCUGUACACAGCCUAAUCCUAUUAGGUCCAUAUUCUCUUGAUCAGUUAGGAGGAAACAAGUUUUCACUUGAUAUUUCUGUUAAAAGGUGCUGGAUUUCAUUCCACUGUGCAUGAGGCUGAAUAUAAAGAAGCCUGCAAAUCUGCUUGUACAAAGGUAUAAUAAACUCAGGCACCUCACUUGCUGACCCAUCACACACACAGUGAUUUAUUCCUAACUUGACAUUAUUACAGUCAAACCGGGAAAACUGUGAACACCAGUAAUAUUUCUGGAAUGUUAUUGUGUUGCAAAAAAAAGCCAAUCAGGCAUGACAAAACUGAACCGCAAACAAGAAUGCUAAUAAUUGGUUUGUGGUUUUGUGGCUAGAUCUUUGCUGUGAUUGGUCAUAACACAAUAAACAUUCCUUAGAUAUUCAAGUGUUCACCGUUUUCCCCGUUGUACUAUAAUAAUAUAGAAAUGCAAGUGCAUGUGGAUGUUAAUCUUUUUUGAAACUCGCAGACCACAUCAUGGCAGGACUAUUUAUUAAUUGUCUCUCUAACCCUUAAUUAUCUGUGCAAAUAAUUCUAUGGUGUUACCAUUAAACCCCUGAAUUGUACUUUAUUUUUGGGAUUUUUUACAAAAAGAAUUUGAAUUUUUUUAUAGGUUUUUCUUUGGUCACCAUCAGGGUUAAAAUACCUUAAUUUUUAGUUAUUUUCAUAUUGCAUAGUUAUAUAACAUUCUUAGAAAAAAAAAUAUGCAUGUCUUGCAUAAAAACCUGAAAUGUAUCAACCCUUCUUUCCUUUCAAAGUUGAUUAAAUUAAAGACAUGCCUGCUAAUCUCUGUAAGUUGAAUUUUUAACCAUCUGUUUCUUUUCCAUCCUAGGCCAUUAAGGUGAUAAAAAGAGGCUUAUCAGCAAAAGAAGCUGUUGUAAUUGCAAUAUCUACUUUAGAGGUACAAAAUAACUUUUAUUUAUAAUUUAUUCAUGAAUAUAUGUGGAGUGGGGUAGGGUGGGAUCAUAAAGCAGAACUUUAUUUUCUUACUACAAACCUGAUAUGGUAUAUGGUAAACUUUGAGUUAGUGCCUUGCCUGAAAUCUUGUGGUGUGACCAUUCAAAAGAAACUUCCUGGCCAGUACUUAUGUUUUUAAUUUUAAAAAAAAAUUACAAUAAAAGGUUUGGUAAUGUUAUUGAAGUUUGACUUUGAACCCUUGGUAUGAAAGAAUAUAACCUAUUAAUUAACUCAGUGAUUUGCAAGGAACAUGGUCACAUGGGUAUGUUGUGGUUCAAUGUUAUCCUUGAUUUAAAUUUUUGUUUCCUUAAAUUACUUUUGGGUAUGGUAAUGUAUGAUAAUGACAUGAUAAUGAGUUUGAAACAAAAGAAGAUAAACUUUAAACUGAGGAUAAACUUGAACCACAACAAGUACAUACAAGCUUGUGUAUUCUUAUACUUUAGGACUCCCCUUGUACAAAUGCAGGAACAGGUUCCAAUUUGACCAGAUCAGGUACCGUGGAGUGUGAUGCAUGUAUUAUGGAUGGUGAUUCCUCAGCAUUUGGAGCUGUUGGUGCUUUAAAAGGUUAUUUCUAUUGGGAAUUUAUAUGUUAAAACAUUGAUAAAAAAAUACACUUUAUUUAAAGAGGGUAGCACGGAAUAGUUACAGAAACUAGUAAACUUGUGGCCCUCUGUCUACAUUAAAAUUAGAAAAAACAUAAGAUUCAAAUAUACAAAGUCUAAGUACAAAAUAAAUAAAACUAAGUUGAGUCUUAAGGAGUCUUCAAUAUAUGAGAGAACUUCACCCUUGAUGUGUUUGUAUGCCAUACAACAUUUAGAUCCAUUUUAUCUUGUUAAAAGUUAAGUUUCUGAAGGGAAUUAAACCUUAGCUUCCCAAAGUAUUUGACACUCACAAUAACAUCUUGGUUGCAUACUGAUGAAAUCACUUUAAAUAGAUUUUUCUGAUUUACUUCAAGUGUAUAUUUUGAUAUACAUGUAAUAAAAGUUUAUUGAAAAUUUAUAUUGUAGGAAUAAAGAAUCCCAUACAGGUGGCCAGUAGGCUGUUGACUGAAGAGUUAAAAGGCCCUUCUUCAAAUGGUCUCAUUCCUCCAAUGUAUGUGUUGAAAAUUUAAAUUUUUUUUUUUCUGUUUAAUACCUAGAUGGCUGGUAGUUUUACCCCUUCCAGUGGAAUAUUUCCAUUGGUGUUUCUGUAUCCCUCGCAAAAAGGAAAAGGAGUACAUGCAUGCUGUACUUCCCUUAGAUUAUCUCUGUCAUCAUUGUAAUCCCUAACAUUAUUCAUGACAGUUUAUACUCAUCAUGUUUAAGCUUUCUGGCUGGAGAAGGAGCAUUUAAUUGGGCUCUGGAACAUGGAUUUAAUGAGUGCCAAGAUAAAGAUUUAAUCACAGGUGAAUCUCGCAGUGUUCAUAUUGCAGUGUUUGUGUAUUAAUUUUUAACAAAAUAAAAGUUAAGGUGGAUUAAUUUGAUUUACCAAUACUUUUUGUAAGACAGGAGUUUGCAAACGUGGUGCAAGUGCAAAGCAAGGAUACAGUCCACAAAAAAUGCUGAUGUGUGCCAUAAACCUUGCCAGCUAGAAAACUUGUGCAACUUUUCAUAUGUGAGUACAAAUGUGCAAAACAUGUACAGGGUACAAAUUAAAGGAAUGGUUCAGAGUGUUUUUCUUUUAAACAAACUGUGAAUAAACCAGUUUUCAUCAGAUAAUGCUUUUUGAUGCCUAAGAGAGCUACUGAUAAAUGUGAGUAAACAAUAUUAUAACAGUGUGUUUAUUUACCUCUAGGAAUCUAAUAGUAUGGAUACUGUUGGUGCUGUGUGCAUGGACCGGAACGGCCAACUUUGCGCUGGAGCAUCAAGUGGUGGGGUAAUGUACAAGGUGCCAGGUCGCAUUGGACAGGUCAGUCUUUCUUGUAGAGCCGUUUCUGUAUAAAAUUGUCCCGAGUGUACCUGUAUUCAGUCAUAGUCAGAAAAGGAAACCUGUAGUGUUGUCCCAAAGUAGAACAUCAUGUCCCAUUUUUUCAUUCUUCAUCUUGGAUCCCAGUGCUAGGUUUCUAAACCAUUUUAUGAUGGCAGUGAUCUUUGCAAAUGGCCAAUGUCAGUCCAAAAAUAUGACAUUUCUUAGUCUGGCAUUUUGCUUUCUACCUUUUAACCAAAUAAUUACAGCCCUUUUCAUUAACAUGCAUGUGUUAGGUUUUUGGCUUCCGCCAGUCACCCUUACCCCCUUACACUGUACACUGUACAUGCCUGACACUAUAGGUCUUCUUCAGGGGGUUCAAAAAUUCAUGUCUGAAGAUGUCAAUUUUGUUGGUAUAGAUUUUGACCCAUUGUCAGGGCUUCAAAAAAACCUUAAAAUUCCAUCUUGUCGUUUGGGCAAGCAGCUCUCACAUUUUGCUUUCCUGGGGCCACUAGUUACUUACCUGGACCGUCACUCAGUGAGCAAGUGAACUUCAAAAGUUACUUGCUCAGCAAGAAAAUUUACUUGUCCCAGACUACCAAAUCAGACUUUUUUUAAACUCUUUUUCAUUAACUUCUCUCAGGCAGCCAUUUUCGGCAGUGGAUGCUGGGCAACUAGCCAUGAUGUUAAUGAAGUAGGAGUUGCAUGUUGUACAUCAGGUUUGUUUUAUUUUUUUAUGUUACUUUUUUUGUCACUCCUAGAGCUCUUUCCUACUCUUCAUUACUUACAGAGCAAUACUCUAGUAACAAGGUUGAAUUUGCUACUAGAGCACUCAUUUUGUAUUUGUGUUACUAGGCUGUGGGGAACAUUUGAUCAAGACUCUGCUUGCUAAAGAAUGUGCAAUCUUAGCUUUAAAUAGGUGAGUUAAGACAGUACAAGGCUAGGUAUGCUGACCUUGGUCGAUUGCCCAGAAUGUGAAUGAGGAUAAGCAAUAAUUUCCUUAUUUUUCCCAUACAGGGUUUUUUAUGUUUUUUUGGCCUCUCUAUCCUGAAUGAACUAUGUAGUGUUGGGUUAACCUGUGAUCAGGCGGUCCUUUGCUAACUUUUGUGCUAUCCCCGAAAAAAGGAUGCCUGAUCACCAGUUAAUGUUGGGUGAAACAAGACCUUGUUCUUCAGAAAGAAACAGCAGAGCACACAUUUUGUCUGUUCUCCUGAACAGUGUGCUAAAAUAGAGUUUGUUAAUCUGAUACGGGGUUGGUAUCUUAAGUCUUUUUUAUCUCUUUCCUAAAGAGGGUUAGACAAUGCACAACACACCAGGGUAUCCAAUAUCAUUUCCAAUUGAUUUUGAAUAAGUUUUGGACGAGAAGUUGAGGUGACAUAGAAAACGUACAAAACCUGUCACAAACGUGACUAUUUUCACUCCAAUUAGAAAGUCUCUAAAAAGUUAUUUUUUUGUUUUCCCCAGAGAUGCAGUCUGUGCGGUUCAGGAGGGGCUUGGUAGCAAGUUUUUAGGUAUGUUUUGCCAGUUAAACCAACACUUGAAGACUUCUGAACAAGCCUAAGCCAGUGGCUGUAGCCUUAGCCUGUUGUUCAGAUAACCGGUACACUGCAAAGAGAAGUGAGCUUUUUUUUUCCCUCCAAUUCCUCCAUUUCUCAGCACUCCCCACUAUCUAGAUGCUUAGAACAGGCUAAACCACAAUGUUAAGUAACAAGAACGAAUACUAUUUGGAAUCACAAAAUCUUAGUUUUUAUAUAGUUUGUUUAAAUAAAGGAAUUUUUCUUUCAACACAAGUGUUCUCCACUUCUUUUCCCGUACUUUCCCUGAACUCAUAAUCAACGCAGAUCGCUGUUUUUGACUUCUAUUUAGGUUCAAGUCUUCUUUCAUCCGUGACGAAAAAGUUAGGAGGAGUAUUGUUGCUACGAGUAGAGGGAGGGGAGGGUAAUGAAGGUAAGUGACAGUGCUCCUACGCUAGCGUAGCCUCCCACGCAGGCGUUUUUAGGGGAGCUCGUAUUUCGUGGGGAGGGAAGAAAUACGAGCUCCCCUAAAAACGCCUGCGUGGGAGGCUAACGCUAGCGUUGUCGCACAAAUUUUACACUAAACUCUUAGAAGCUUGACUCUUAAACGAUGCAAGAUUGCUAAAGAAAGUUCUGUGCCAAAGGAAGUUAUUCAUUGACCUGUGUCAGUGUAGGCGUCGAUUCAUUUUCAAAGUAGACUAUCCCAAAAGAAUCUUACCUAGCCUGCGAGCAAGAUGUCGAGGUGAGAAGAUGAUGGAAAAGAGCGAUAGUUCAUAUCCUUGAGGAGCUUUUUCUUUCCAUGCGUGCUCGUCUGUGCGGUUAAAAUCUGCCAUAUUUGUUCGGCAACUCUACAGAUGCCGUUCUAGAUGAUAUCAAUGAUAUAGUGUCACGCUUACUUGUUGUUGGCAACGUUUUCAUUUGAAAGGUCAAAGUGAUGUGGCGCUUGCUACAUAUUUUCACAAAUAUGAUUGGCUACAAAAGCCCUCGCUUUCUUUUUUCAACUAAUCAUGACGUGGGUGUUCUCAUUUUUCCCGCGCUUGGCAGCGGCUACGCGUUUUAGUGCGAAUUCUGAUUGCUUUAUUUCGCCCUGAUUUUGUCAUUGACCAGAGUUUAUUGGCUAAACUAACCGGUUUGACAACCCAUUUGUAUCUCUACAGACUGCACUGUUGAUCUCGUCUGGGGUCAUACAACAGACAGCAUGUGUAUUGGCUACAUGGCAGAACAGGACAAAAAACCAAAAGUACGCAAAGUACUUUAUUUAUAUGCUGGUAGAGUUACUAUUGUUUCUAUAGCUUGCUCGUUCCCUGUGCCCGUUUGUCGGAAGUCCCGGUAACUUUUCGUCCCUGAAAUCAAAUAUUUCAAAUCAAAAUCUUAGCAUUAAAAGUGCAGGUCUCUGCUAAUCUAUUGAAGUCUCUAUUUUGAAUGUAAACAACAACAGCUUUUAUUGCCGGCCUCCUAUCGGGACUUUCGAGAAACGGGCCGCUAGGAAGAGCUUUCUAGCAUGUUAUGUCGUUCUUUAAAAUCUUCAGUCUAUUAAAGGGUACUGUUUGCUUUGGACAAUAUUACAAAUUUAGGAAUAAAAGAUACUACUCUUCCUCUUGAGAUUUUUAAAUGGCUUGAUUAUUACCGUUUCAUCCGUUAUUAACCCCUCGUAAGGUGUAGUUGUAUUUAUCUUCUUCUUUGUUUGUUUUUGUUUUUCAAGGUGCGACUGUCCCGUUUGCAGCCAGGCCAGGUGGUUCCUUUAUCAGUGGAAGGCACAGUUUACAGACUGUCCAAUAGCUAGCAUAGAGUUAGCGUAAAUAGAAUAACCACAAUGAAACAUGAGAGAUCGGUGUUUGUAUCAGUGGGGACAUUUCCAGGUAGGAAGCCUGUGCCGCUGAAUUCCGUCAGUACAUUCAAUGUGUAGGAAGCCUGCGCUACUGAGUUUCGUGCUGCUAGGGCAGUGUCUUUAGAGACAGUGGAACUUUUGGAGGGAGUUUAUCAUAUAAGCAAAAACAAUGUACGCACAGAAUUUGAAACUAAUGCAGUUGUUGGAAAAUAUGGAAAUCACCAAAGUUUUAAAUAAAAGUGUUUCUGUACACUUUCUUCUUCCGCUGAACUAUUUAGUCCCGGUUCGAACGUCGCAUUUCGCAAGUGCCCAAUUUAAUGCUAAUACGGAAAAUCUUUUGUUCUUGCUUAUUUGCAUUAGAUUUGGAGCUUGUGAAAUGUAACGUUCAAACAGGGCCUUACAAGUCUGUGUUGACAUGUUUUAUUCUCGUGAAACUUCAAGAAUGUUGUUUGAGGGGAUAUAAACCGGCCAUAGGGAGUUUUUACAACGAUGAUGGCGGCGGCAACGAAAAUGCCAAAAUAG